AUGUCAGCGUUUUUUUUAUCUUGCCAGAAAAGUCUGUAUCAAUUUGGAUUUCCCAGCUGGGUGGCACUUCCUUGGCCGAGAGAGCAGGAUAGGAUAAACGACCUGCACUCAAACCAUUGCACACACAUAAUUCCAACGAUUGCUAUGAAUAUUCACAUCUUCAUCAAAGAACGGUAUUUCUAUAAUUACUAUUCCUUUGACAUAGAGAAGAUGUUAAAUAUCCGUAAAGCAAAUGGACGGAGAAGGUUAUCACAUCUAAGUGACGACACUACUUAUAGACUGUUCCUCAUUUUUAACGCAACCGGCGGUCUCAUCACCAGAAUUGGUCUUCAUAGUGGCAAAAAGAAUAUUCUUCUUUCUCAAAUCUUCCAAAUAUUUUAG